AUGAAGUCCGUGCUGUUCAGUCGCUUCUUCAUCCUCCUGCCCUGGAUCCUAAUUGUCAUCAUCAUGCUCGACGUGGACACGCGCAGGCCGGCGCCCCCGCUCACCCCGCGCCCCUACUUCUCUCCGUACGCGCUGGGCCGCGGGAGCGCUCGCCUCCCGCUCCGCAGGGCCGGCCCCGGGCGCGGCACGGAGAAACGCAACGAGUCUCGGGCCCAGCCACCGCCCCAAGCGCAGCUGCCCACCAUCUAUGCCAUCACGCCCACCUACAGCCGGCCGGUGCAGAAAGCCGAGCUGACCCGCCUGGCCAACACGUUCCGCCAGGUGGCGCAGCUGCACUGGAUCCUGGUGGAGGACGCAGCGGCGCGCAGCGAGCUGGUGAGCCGCUUCCUCGCGCGGGCCGGGCUGCCCAGCACGCACCUGCACGUGCCCACGCCGCGGCGAUACAAACGGCCCGGGCUACCCCGCGCCACGGAGCAGCGCAACGCCGGCCUCGCCUGGCUGCGCCAGAGGCAUCAGCACCAGCGCGCGCAGCCCGGCGUGCUCUUCUUCGCCGACGACGACAACACCUACAGUCUGGAGCUUUUCCAAGAGAUGCGAACAACACGCAAGGUCUCCGUGUGGCCAGUGGGCCUGGUUGGCGGGCGACGCUACGAACGUCCCUUGGUGGAAAACGGCAAAGUGGUUGGUUGGUACACCGGCUGGAGGGCGGACAGGCCUUUCGCCAUCGACAUGGCAGGAUUUGCUGUAAGUCUUCAAGUCAUCUUGUCCAAUCCAAAAGCAGUAUUUAAACGCCGUGGAUCCCAGCCAGGGAUGCAAGAGUCCGACUUUCUAAAACAGAUAACAACAGUGGAAGAACUGGAACCUAAAGCAAAUAAUUGCACCAAGGUUCUUGUGUGGCACACUCGGACAGAAAAGGUUAACUUGGCCAAUGAGCCGAAACACCACCUCGAUACAGUGAAAAUUGAAGUAUAA